AUAAAAAAACUUAAGAAACAAGAAGAAAAAAAGAGAGGGAGAGAAUUAUUAUUAUUAUUAUCAUUAUCAUUAUUAUUAUUGAUUUAAUAACUAUUUUGAUAUAUAUCUAAAUUUUUAUAUUUUAAAUCUCUCUCUCUCUUUGUUUUUUUGGUGUUCUUCAAUGGCUUCAAUCCCUCAUUUCUACUCCGAUUACCAAUUUUCUUCUGAUGAAUUCUCAGAGAUUACGUCUGUAAUAGCCAACCAGGAAAAUUAUGGUACUAUUAACGGUGGCGCCACUACUAAUGGUGCAAUUUCGAGUGGUGCAAUGAUGUGUCAUCAGCAGAUUAGCCUGCCGUUAUUGUAUGAUGAUGGUAAUAUUAAUGGUGGCGGCGGCGGUGGUUGUGUUGAUCAGAGUUUUCAUACGGCUGAAUCCGAUAUCUUGUCGGGGGUUCCGGCCACCACUACUUCCUCAUUUGCUGGGGUUUCUGAUAUGUCUGUGCCGUCGUUAUUGGAGUAUAAAAUGGGGUUUAGUGGCGGCAUUGGGAAGAUUCAGAAUUUUGGUGGCGGAUUUCAGUUUUCUGAUGCAUGUGAAUAUGGAGAAGAUUGUUGUGGGUUUGUGCAAAAUUAUAAGUCUGUCUGUCCUGAAACCGGAGAUAAUUGGGGAAUUCAAUGUAAUCAAAUGCCAGCAAUUCAAGAACACGCCAACAUCAAAGUUGGCCGGUAUACAGUUGAAGAAAGAAAAGAUCGAAUACUUCGGUACUUGAAAAAGAGAAACCAAAGGAACUUCAAUAAAACUAUCAAGUAUGCUUGUCGCAAAACCCUAGCUGAUCGAAGAGUUCGUGUCCGUGGAAGAUUUGCAAGAAAUAACGAAUUGUCUGAAGAAGAAAGUGGAGGGAAAAAGAACGAUAAUCCAAAUCAAGAAAAGGAUUCAUUUUGCAAUGAUUCUCUUGAGAUCAAGAACGACGACGAUGAUUGGCUGCAAGAGGCAGUAGCAAGUCUAAUGUACGUACCAUACAUAGCUGGGUGACUUAUAUGGAAUCAAACAAGUACUUGUGGGAUAAUCACAAUUAAGCAAUUUAAUUGUUUAUUUAAUUUUGUGAAAGUGUACAAUUAUCUAACCAAAGCUAAAAGCUAGAGAGGGAGAGAGACAAAAUAUAUCCUUAAACAUCAUUUUCAAAUUGAACUUUAGUCCCAAAUUGAAGUUCAAAAGAGAAAAAGAUUCACCUAACUAUCAUAUGAUAAUCUUGCUUCAACUAUGACAUAAAAAAGAUUUGGCACAACUGUUGUAAUUAAUGUUUGUACGUGAUGAUGGAUUGAAGUCUUAUUGGAAAUUUUAACGAGCUCCAAUUCAAUUCGUUUCGA